GUGAUGAUUGCAACUCUUGUUAUGACUGCCAGGUCCUGUUUCAAUCACUGGCGUCAGACGGACGCACGACACCAGCUCGAACCUUUUCCACUUCUCCUGAGCAACGUAAAUAUUGAUUGGAAAGGAGAGGCAUUGACGAGCAACGUACGGGAGUUUUAAUUUGAAAGUGCUUCACUGGCCUUAAAGAAUAUCCCUCGUCGUGUCACUUUGAGGGUCCGACGGAUUGUUUUCGCAUUUACCACGACUGGGAGAUCCAGCUUUUCCUCUAUUAUUUUAGGUGGCUCGUAAAAGAGACCCGUCUAUGACCUCGACGUCUUUCUUUGGUGCCACGGUAUACAAGUUUAUUUAUUUGAUAGGGUUUAGGUUUUUACCAACUUCGACUUUUUCCUCUUUUCUCUGAAUGCGUUGCAAAUAUGAUGAUGUCACCGACGCCACUUUUUCCCGAAGUUAUGGCGGAGCAAACUUUUGUAACUUCUCUUGGCCAAGAAAACGCAUCGUUUGAACAAGUCAAAUUUGAAUGGAGGGUGACCAGAGCGGUGCAGUGAAGUUUGACGACAAAGUUCGCCACCGAGGGCCUUCGGGGAAAUUCACCGCUACAAACCACUGAGAGGACUAUUUACUAAUGGAGCACCUCCAGGGAGCAUGGAAGACUCUGAGCAAUGGUUUUGGAAUGAAGGACUCUACAUUCGAGGGGCCAUGCCUUUCCCCAACCAUGGUCCAGGGCUUUACCUGCCAGCGUCGCUCCUCUGAUGACAGCAAGAUGCCUGACUCCAAGACUAGCAGCACUAUCCGUGUCUACCUCCCGAACCAGCAGCGCACUGUGGUAAAUGUGCGACCGGGUAUGACUCUGCACAAUUGCCUGAUUAAAGCAUUGAAAGUGCGAGGUCUGCAGCCUCAGUGCUGUGCUGUCUUCAGGCUGCAUCCAGGACAGACGAGUAAAAAAUUACGAAUGGAUUGGAAUACUGACCCCACCUCACUGAUUGGGGAAGAGCUGCUGGUGGAGGUUUUAGAUCACGUUCCCUUGACCACACAUAAUUUUGUUCGGAAAACAUAUCUGAAGCUAGCUUUCUGCGAUAUUUGCCAGAAGUUUCUUUUGAACGGCUUCCGUUGUCAAACUUGCGGCUACAAAUUCCAUGAGCAUUGUAGCACCAAAGUGCCCACAAUGUGUGUGGACUGGAGCAAUAUCAGACAACUCCUUUUGUGUCCAACACCUGGUGAGAGCAGCACCCCAUCACUGCCAUCAGUGACAUCCCGGCGAAUGAGAGAAUCCUUAACACGGUUUCCAAGCUCAGCCCACCGAUAUUCCACCCCUCAUGCUUUCAACUACACCACACCCUACCCACCCCCAGGCGGCGGUCUCUCCCAGAGGCAGCGCUCCACUUCCACGCCCAAUGUCCACAUGGUUAGCACUACCCUGCCUGUAGACAGCGGCAUGAUUGAGGAUGCAAUGCGUGAUCAUGACUCCACAGGGAGUUCACCCAACCAGAGCCCUACAGGCUGGUCCCAGUCCAAAGCACCGGCACCUGCCCAGCGAGAGAGGGCCCCGUCCUUCAACACUCAGGAGAAAAAUAAAAUCAGGCCUCGAGACAAGCGAGACUCGAGUUACUACUGGGAGAUCGAGGCCAGCGAGGUCCAUCUGAACUCCUGCAUUGGUUCAGGCUCCUUUGGAACUGUAUACAAAGGGAAAUGGCAUGGUGAUGUGGCAGUGAAGAUUUUAAAGGUUACUGACCCCACACCAGAGCAGUUCCAGGCAUUCAGAAAUGAGGUGGCUGUCCUGAGGAAAACACGACAUGUCAACAUCCUGUUGUUCAUGGGCUACAUGACGAAGGACAACCUGGCCAUUGUGACACAGUGGUGUGAGGGCAGCAGCCUCUACAAACAUAUUCACGUCCUGGAGACAAACUUCAAGAUGAUCCAGCUCAUAGAUAUCUCCAGACAGACGGCUCAGGGCAUGGACUAUCUGCAUGCAAAGAACAUCAUUCAUCGUGAUAUGAAGUCCAAUAACAUCUUCCUGCAUGAAGGGCUAACAGUGAAGAUUGGAGACUUUGGUCUUGCUACGGUUAAGGCCAGGUGGAGCGGCUCACAUCAGGUGGAGCAACCUUCUGGAUCUAUUCUCUGGAUGGCUCCUGAGGUUAUCCGGAUGCAGGAUAACAAUCCGUACAGCUUCCAGUCUGAUGUCUAUUCCUAUGGAAUUGUUCUCUUUGAGCUCAUGACAGGAGAGCUCCCAUACUCCCAGAUAGCAAACAGAGAUCAGAUUAUCUUCAUGGUUGGAAGAGGCUACUUGUCCCCAGAUCUCAGUAAGCUCUAUAAGAACUGUCCCAAAGCCAUGAAAAGGUUGGUGGCCGACUGCAUCAAGAAGUCCAAGGAUGAGAGGCAGCUCUUCCCGCAGAUUCUGUCUUCAAUUGAACUUCUCCAGCAUGCCCUUCCUAAGAUAAACCACAGUGCCUCAGAACCAUCCCUGCACAGAGCCUCUCACACUGAAGACAUCAAUGCCUGUACUCUGACCUCCACCAGACUGCCUGUUUUCUAGAGGCUCAGACAGCACUCCCUUCCUCCUCCAUGAAAUAUCUGAAAUAGUCCAAAUGCUCAAACACCCACCCUCUACGUAUAGAUGCCAAUAUAGACCUAAAAAUGUACAUGCAAUCACACAUAAAUCCAUGCAAAUCAAUAAAA